AUGGUCUUCGCGGAACCCUCCGCGUUCGGCGCGGACGGCGACGGCGAGAAGCUGAAGAAGAACCGGUUCCUCUCCACGACGAAGGAGGUCGAAGAUUUGAACCAGUACUGGUACUCGAACCGAACGAUCGCCGCGAUGGCGAGCGACGUCGAGGACCAGUGCUCGUCCCCGGACUCGAAGGCGUGCUUCCUGUCCACCCCGAGCGUGUACUUCUCCCUGAACAAAGACACGCGCGCGCGGUCGUGGUGCUUCGACCUGGACACGCAGUGGGCACGCGAGCCCGGGUUCGUGAAGUACGACUUCAACGACCCGAUCGGUUUCGACGGGUUCGACGACCUGAAAGGGACGUUCGACAUGGUGAUCAUCGACCCGCCGUUCAUCACCAGGGAGGUGUGGGAGAAGUACACGACGACUGCGAAGGCGCUUCUGAAACCGGGGGGGAAGGUGCUGGCGAGCACGAUACAGGAGAACGCGCCGUUCGUGAAGGAGCUCCUGGGCGUGACCCCGCAAGUGUUCAUGCCGUCGAUACCGACGCUCGUGUACCAGUAUCAUCUGUACGCGAGCUACGAGUCGAAGUUUCUCGCGGAGAAAAACCCGGAGAUCCCGGAGUACGACUGA